AUGCGGAGGCUACUGCAACCGUGUUGGUGGAUCUUUUUCUUGAAAAUCACCAGCUCCGUGCUCCAUGAUGUGGUGUGCUUUCCCGCUCUGACUGAAGGUUAUGUUGGCUCUCUGCAUGAAAACAGACAUGGUAGUUCUGUGCAGAUACGGAGGCGAAAGGCUUCAGGGGAUCCUUACUGGGCAUAUUCGGGUACCUAUGGUCCCGAGCACUGGGUUACUUCCAGCGAGAAGUGUGGAGGGUCUCAGCAGUCUCCCAUAGACAUCAUAGACCAUCAGGCCCAUGUUGGAGACGAGUAUCAAGAGCUGCAGCUUGAUGGUUUUGACAAUGAAUCUUCAAACAAGACUUGGAUGAAAAACACAGGAAAAACGGUUGCAAUCCUGCUGAAGGAUGAUUAUUUUGUCAGUGGUGCUGGGUUGCCGGGCAGAUUCAAGGCAGAGAAAGUGGAGUUUCACUGGGGUCAAAGCAACGGAUCCGCUGGCUCCGAACACAGCAUCAACGGCAAGAGGUUCCCCGUUGAGAUGCAGAUUUACUUCUACAAUCCCGAUGACUUUGACAGUUUUGGAACAGCAGUUCUAGAAAACAGGGUAGUAGGAGCCAUGGCUGUGUUUUUUCAAGUCAGUCAGAGGGACAAUCCAGCACUGGAUCCCAUUAUCCAUGGGUUGAAGGGUGUCGUACAUCAUGAGAAGGAGACCUUUCUGGAUCCCUUUGUGCUGAGGGACCUUCUGCCGACAUCGCUGGGGAGUUACUACCGCUACGCAGGUUCUCUGACAACUCCUCCGUGUAGUGAGAUCGUGGAGUGGAUCGUCUUUCGGAAGCCUGUUCCUAUUUCAUACCAUCAGCUGGAGGCCUUCUACUCCAUAUUCACCACCGAACAGCAAGACCAUGUCAAGUCUGUGGAGUACCUGAGGAAUAACUUCCGACCACAGCAAAGCCUGAACAACAGGAAGGUGUCUAAGUCUGCCGUGAAGGAUGCUUGGAGCCAAGAUAUGACAGACAUCUUAGAAAAUCCACUCGGCACAGAAGCUUCCAAAGCUUGCAGUACUCCCCCAGUCAACAUGAAAGUGCAGCCUGUGAACAGGACAGCAUUACUUGUAACCUGGAACCAACCAGAAACCAUCUACCACCCUCCGAUCAUGAACUACAUGAUCUCAUAUAGCUGGACUAAAAAUGAAGAUGAAAAGGAGAAGACUUUCACCAAGGACAGUGACAAGGACCUGAAGGCCAUCAUUAGCCAUGUCUCACCUGACAUCCUUUAUCUGUUCAGAGUUCAAGCAGUUUGCCGAAAUGAAAUGCGUAGUGACUUUAGCCAGACUAUGCUCUUUCAAGCUAACACUACUCGAAUUUUCGAGGGGACCAGAAUUGUGAAAACAGGAGUGCCUACAGCAUCUCCUGCCUCCUCAGCUGACAUGGCUCCCAUCAGCUCCGGCUCCUCCACCUGGACCUCCUCAGGGCUCCCCUUCUCGUUUGUGUCCAUGGCCACAGGGAUGGGGCCUUCCUCCAGUGGCAGCCAGGCCACCAUGGCCUCAGUGGUGACCAGCACUUUGCUGGCAGGGCUGGGCUUCAGCGGUGGUGGCAUCUCCUCCUUCCCUAGCAGCGUGUGGCCUACCCGGCUCCCUGCAGGGGCUGCCCCCAGCAAACAGGCAGGGCGGCCGGUACUGGCUGCCACUGAGGCGGCUGCUGCCGCCUCCCCUGGGCCAGAGCGGGACUCGGCACUGACAAAGGACAGUGAGGGAGCCGAGGAGGGGGAGAAGGAUGAAAAGAGUGAAAGUGAGGAUGGGGAAAGAGAGCAUGAGGAAGAGGAAGAAAAGGAUGCUGAGAAGAAGGAGAAAAACAGGGCGACGGCAGCUGCUGAGGCACACAACAGCACGGAGCCCAGCGUGGCCACAGCUUCCCCCAACCGGACUGCUGAGGAGGAAGGAAAUAAAACCAUAUCGGAUGAAGAGCCAGACCAAAACAUUGCCCCCACGGAGAAGGAGAGCUUUGCUGAAGCAGAUGCUCAGCCACAGCCACUCCCUUCCACCCAAGUGCCACCAGCGUUCACCAACGAACUUUACCUGGGGAAGAUCCCAAGAAGACCAGAGACAACAAAAAGACCUCCUUCAAAGGAGGACAGGUUUCCAGAGGAAUACCCCUCAGAUAACAAAUUCAUCACCAUUAACCCAGCUGACAAGAACAGUUCCAGCAUGGCCACAAGACCUUCUCCUGGUAAAAUGGAAUGGAUCAUCCCUCUUAUUGUGGUCUCAGCACUGACUUUCAUGUGCCUCAUUCUUCUCAUUGCUGUGCUUGUCUACUGGAGAAAGUGUUUUCAGACUGCCCAUUUCUAUGUGGAGGACAGCAGUUCCCCCCGUGUGGUCCCCAAUGAAAGUAUUCCCAUUAUACCUAUUCCAGAUGAUAUGGAAGCAAUUCCAGUCAAGCAGUUUGUCAAACAUAUCAGUGAGCUGUAUUCUAAUAACCAGCAUGGGUUCUCGGAAGACUUUGAGGAAGUGCAGCGCUGUACGGCUGACAUGAACAUCACUGCAGAGCAUUCCAACCACCCUGACAACAAGCACAAGAACAGAUACAUCAACAUCCUAGCCUAUGAUCACAGCAGGGUGAAGCUAAGGCCUUUACCAGGAAAAGAUUCUAAGCACAGUGACUACAUUAAUGCUAAUUAUGUUGAUGGUUACAACAAAGCAAAAGCCUACAUUGCUACCCAGGGACCUUUAAAGUCUACCUUUGAAGAUUUCUGGAGGAUGAUUUGGGAACAAAAUACUGGAAUCAUUGUCAUGAUCACAAACCUUGUUGAAAAAGGAAGAAGAAAAUGCGAUCAGUACUGGCCGACGGAGAACAGUGAGGAGUACGGCAACAUCAUCGUCACGCUGAAGAGCACAAACGUUCACGCCUGCUACACUGUGCGCCGCUUCACAGUCAGGAACACAAAGAUGAAAAAGGGUCAGAAAGGAAACCCCAAAGGGAGGCAGAACGAGAGAACGGUUAUUCAGUACCACUACACUCAGUGGCCUGACAUGGGUGUGCCAGAGUAUGCUCUGCCUGUGCUAACCUUCGUUAGGAGAUCCUCUGCAGCCAGAACCCCGGACAUGGGACCAGUGGUGGUGCACUGCAGUGCUGGUGUUGGCAGAACUGGUACCUACAUUGUGAUAGACAGUAUGCUGCAACAGAUAAAAGACAAAAGCACAGUUAACGUCCUGGGUUUCCUGAAACAUAUCAGGACACAGCGCAACUACCUCGUCCAGACAGAGGAGCAGUACAUUUUUAUUCAUGAUGCCUUGUUGGAAGCCAUCCUUGGGAAGGAGACUGAAGUAUCUGCAAACCAGCUGCAUAGUUAUGUUAACAGCAUCCUCAUACCUGGCAUAGGAGGGAAGACACGACUAGAAAAACAGUUCAAGCUGGUUACACAGUGUAAUGCAAAAUAUGUGGAAUGCUUCAGUGCUCAGAAAGACUGCAACAAAGAGAAGAACAGGAACUCAUCAGUCGUGCCAUCUGAGCGUGCUAGAGUGGGCUUGGCACCACUGCCUGGAAUGAAGGGAACAGAUUACAUUAAUGCCUCUUAUAUCAUGGGCUACUACAGGAGUAACGAGUUCAUCAUAACCCAACAUCCACUGCCACAUACAACUAAAGACUUCUGGAGAAUGAUCUGGGAUCACAACGCACAAAUCAUCGUCAUGCUGCCAGACAACCAGAGCCUGGCAGAAGAUGAAUUUGUGUACUGGCCAAGUCGUGAAGAAUCCAUGAACUGUGAGGCCUUUACUGUGACCCUUAUCAGCAAAGACAGACUGUGCCUCUCUAAUGAAGAGCAAAUUAUCAUCCAUGACUUUAUCCUUGAAGCUACCCAGGAUGACUACGUUCUGGAAGUCCGCCACUUUCAGUGUCCUAAAUGGCCAAACCCAGAUGCUCCCAUAAGCAGUACCUUUGAACUUAUCAAUGUAAUCAAGGAAGAGGCCUUAACAAGGGAUGGCCCCACCAUAGUUCAUGAUGAGUAUGGAGCUGUGUCAGCAGGAACGCUAUGUGCCCUUACCACUCUGUCCCAGCAGCUGGAGAAUGAAAAUGCUGUCGAUGUUUUCCAGGUGGCAAAGAUGAUAAAUCUUAUGCGGCCUGGAGUAUUUACAGACAUUGAACAGUACCAGUUUCUUUAUAAGGCAAUGCUAAGCUUGGUCAGCACUAAGGAAAAUGGAAAUGGUCCCAUGACACUGGACAAAAACGGUGCUGUGAUGGCCAGUGACGAAUCUGAUCCCGCAGAAAGCAUGGAGUCUCUUGUCUAAUUGGAAACCUGAAAAGGCACUUAAUUUGUAGAACUUCUGAAGACUGAGUGAACUUUUUUGAGGCCUUUUUUGCCAGACUCUAGGUUAUACAAUAACCCAAUUACUUUUUUACACUGAUAAAAGUUUUGAUAUUUAUUUUUUGCCAUUUUAUGUCUUAAUGGUAUCCUACUGAGCAUUUGCACCUCUGUUUAUUUCACACAGUGAAACGCAAUUUUAUCUAGUUUGCACUAUAUGAUCAGUGUUACUGCCUAUAAUAUUCUAAUACAAGACAAGCCCUGAUGUGACAUUCCAUGACAACAAACAUAUGCUUUUUCUGUUUUGUCUAAAUGCAGUGAAGUUUUGCUAACUACAGUGACCCUCGAAUCUUAAAUCUUGAAUGCUAGGCCAGAUGGAUUCUUUCUACAACAGAUACUGUACCCCUUCAUACCAUAUUUAUUAUUUUAAUGAUCAUGUCACAGUUUUGGUAAUGGUAUUCUGCAUUCCAGUGGAGUGGAUGAGCAGUGUUCAUCCUGUCUUGACAAAAGCGGCAGGUGAUGAUUAGCUACAGUGAAGGUGUAAUAGCCUUGUGGAGCUGAAACAAUUAUUUCUGUAUUGUUUCAAAUUGCUGUUUUGUACACUUACAGGCCUAAGACUUGCUUCACAUGGAGUAUAUAAAAUUACCUACAAUCCAAUUAUAAAUUAGAUGCAAUUCAUAUAUGGGACACAGUGAUAGGUUUUGAGUUUACAAUGUCACAGUUUCCCCAUGUAUUCAGAAAAAUGACAGUUUGAGAGUUUUUAACCAGCCCUAUGAUGGGAAAAUAUUUUGGGUUUAUUCUCAUCAGAGCCAGUACAGUGAGAAAUUUACUACACCCCCAAAAUCAGACCUGUUUUCAGAUAUAUUGAAGGUAGCAAUAUUUUACACUACUAAGCUAUUCAAUAUUUUAAACGCAUUAAUUUCCUUACUAUUUCUUGACUAUGACCUCACACCUAAUGGUAUGUUACAUGAUGACAGGCGUUUCUUAAUUUCAUAACUGUUAGAUGCCAUUUUUACAGGUGUGUAAUUUUCAUACUUUAGUGCUAAAACAUAAAGUACUGAUCCAUAUUUACUGGUGAAGCAAACUAAUAAAAAAAACUACCUAUAAAGUUACA